ACCCCCGCCAGCAGCAGGGCAGGUGAGCCGUCACGUCAGAGCCCCAGCUGAGGCAGCGACUCUCCCAGCAUUUCCAUUUCAGUGCUGUCCCUGCUCAGACACUGCUCCUCUCAAACAGGAGCAAUGAGGGGUUACACCAAGGCCAAUGGAGCCCCCGCACCACCAGUUCUGGUGCUUUACAGGAGCUUCAAAACUCGCUUCCAGAGCGCCCAGUCCUUUCUUGCAUCACUUCUUCAAGUUCGGCUGGCAAGAACAUCAUAUGACGAGCAGGGAGCCAAGUCAUUUGCAAGCCUCUCACAAGCCUGACCACAGCAUUUCCUUCCAGCACCACCGACCCUACCGGCUCGCAGCUUGCCUGGAGUGCUUUAGAGCUGCCUCGGCGCAGAAAGCUGCGCCCAGAAGAGCCCAGAGGCUGCUCAGCACACCGACACACCAACGUGAGCUGCCUGAGGGAGCCCCGAGCUCCCCGACAUCCUGCCACAGGUCCUGGCGCCUCUGUCUUCGUUUUAAGCCAGCCUUAAACUGCUGCAUCAGCCACACGCCGCCUGCGUUGAAGCAGGAAAAGCAAUCGCAGAUCCCGGUAACGUUUUGCUGCCUUCGGCCUCUGAGAGCUUCUCUCAGCUCUUCGAAGCGCAGCACCGCAGCCGUGCACAGCGGGACCGGAGCCCUGGGCCAGGAAUCGGCCACCCGCGGGUGGGCACGGCUGAGCGAGGCGCUGACCACGGGUCACAGCCCUGAGGCCCUCAGUUAACGGCGUGAGACGGGGGCACCGAGUAGGAACGGGGACUGCUCGGAGCUGAAGCACGCAGGAGCCACUUCUCGGAGGCUUUGUGCAGGAGCUGCCGCCUCCGCCUGAAGGAGCGGGAGAGAGGCCAGGCCAAAAACCACAGCCGCCAAGCUGACAGACGGGGCGGGAACACAGUUAACCUCUGACAGCUCAGGUCCAGGCAGAUGGGACAGAUGGAAACUGCGUCACGUUUGUGCUGCACGACGAAGACCACACGCUUGGCAACUCCCUGCGAUACAUGGUCAUGAAGAACCCUGAUGUGGAGUUCUGUGGCUACUGCAUCACCCACCCCUCAGAAAGCAAGAUCAACUUCCGGAUCCAGACCAGAGGGUCCCUCCCUGCUGUUGAGCCAUUCCGCAAGGGGCUGAAUGACCUGAUGGGCGUUUGCCAGCACGUGCUCAACACCUUUGAGUUUUUUCAGACAUUUUCUGCCAGACCUUGGUUCGACUGUGGUUUUCCAAGUCCUAAACCACUGGGAUUGGGGAAGAGGAAAGGAGAAAUCAGUCUCUGCAAAGCCCUCCUGGUCCUCCAGUGGAAGGUGGCACAUGAGAUUCAGCAGAGCUUGUUGUUUCCCCGUUCCCUGCUGCGUCCCGUGGCCAGUCUGUGGACUGCACAGCUCUGAGUGCUGCCUCUGCCCUGUGCGUUUUAGCAGGAGAGUGGCUGAGAGGUGGAGCUGCGGGCUGGUGAGGAGACCCAGCAUGCUGGAGGCUGAGCUGCUGUGUCCUCCCAGUGUGCUCGACUGUCUGCUCGAAGGAAAUGGGUAUUGCCUCAAGGUCUCCAGCAGGAUGAGGCCAGUGCCUGCACAGGUUCUCUGUAGGGUGCACACCUGCAGCUGGACGCCGUGGCAAGGCUCAGUCACUUCUGAAAGUACCUGGAGCUCUGUCAGAGCAUUUUGGGUCCCUCAGCCUUUCCAGGCACCGGGCAGAGAAGUCACAGCACAGACCUGGGCGGUGGCAGAGGUGUGUGAAUUGCUCAGAUGUGUGCCGUUAACAUUUAUCCUUUGCUCUUGU